AUGCCCCACACAUCCCGACCAAAGCGACCAACAACCCAAAAACGAACCCAAGUCACCGACGACGACGGCUGGACCCAUGUCGCAAACAGCAGCAACGUGCGGCGCGUAAUGCGCAGUCGGCCGCGGGGCCCAACUGCCAUCACAAACUCCGCAAACGAGAUCCCCUCUAACCAACUCGAGCCUACCCUGGCCCCCGCAGAAGCACCCGGUCGACUCACGUUGGCCGAGCUGCAGACACAGUUCCAGACCCACCGUGAACGGUGGGAGGCGUCAGAGAGCUGGACAAAGUUGUCAGGCAUUUUGGACCAAAGACUGAAGAUCAGGGCGCAAGAACAAGCUUCUGCUUCUGCUUCUGCUUCCACCACGGCCCAAUGUCCAGUCGACUCCAUUGUCUGCAUCGGACUCGGGAGCCCUAGUGGGUUCCUGCGCGAUGGCUGGGUUGACCGGCGGGCCGUGUCGCUGUACCAGCUUGCUGCGCUGGCCAGCAUCAAGGAUCAAGUGGCUUGCAAGACCACCUAUCCCGACAUCAAAGUGUACGCACAAGACCCUGUCUUCAACACACUCGAUGAGUCCCUUCUUGCGAUGUUGAACAUCACAGUCCUCAGACACCCAGAGGCCUUCUCGCAUAUCACACCCAACACAAUGCUCUUCUGCCCGGGUGCAGAACGCAAACAUCUUGAACUAUUGCUACCGUCAAAACCAUGGCUGUUAUUUGGUGGUCCUCUGGAGCAUGCAGACUCCGGCACUGUGUUGCAGGAGUAUGUGGAUGCCGCCGGGUCAUAUUGCUUGCCUGGCUUUGAGCAGUUGGAGCAUGCCUUCUGGAACAUGAGGCUUUAUUGGCUUGAGGCGGGUGAGGAGUGA